AUGCGUGAUACUAGGAGCCGCGAGUUCUCCAAGGUCAUCGCGCUCAUUCACUGGGUGAUCAGUACCAACGCCUACAAGCUUGUGUUCUGGAUGACCGCCUUCCCCAAGCUCAACUCAUCCUUCGUCGCAAAUGUGCGCGAGGAGCUCCAGUCAUCUGUCCGCGGAGAUGGUGCCCUGAUCAUCCCAUCUCUCCAGACCCAGACCACGUACUUGACUGCACUUCUCCAAGAGUCGAUGCGUGUCUUUAACUCUUCGUCAUCGGCUCGUUUUUUGACAACAGAUACGCAAAUCGGACCCAUUCACGCUCAAAGCAGGCCGUCGACUCCUUAUCCCAUUCAGACAGCUGCAUCUUAA